GAGUGAUCGAACGGUCCACAUCUCUCGGCUCUAUUCAUAUAAGAACCCUCUUCCUCAAUCUUGAGUCUUCCUCUUGCUCUGUUGUUUUAGGGUUUCUGAAGCUCCUGCCGCCCCUUCGCUGAUAAGCAAACAGCGAUUUGUUCAAGAUGGUGCUUCAGAACGAUAUCGAUUUGCUUCACCCACCGGCUGAGCUCGAGAAGAGGAAGCACAAGCUCAAGCGACUCGUGCAGACCCCCAACUCUUUCUUCAUGGACGUGAAGUGCCAGGGUUGCUUCAACAUUACGACUGUGUUCAGUCACUCCCAGACCGUUGUGGUGUGUGGGAAUUGCCAGACUGUGCUGUGCCAGCCCACUGGUGGCCGUGCCAGACUCACCGAGGGAUGCUCUUUCCGAAAGAAGGGGGAUUGAUUCAUGCUGAUAUUGCUUUUGCAAGAGGCUUGAUUUUGAGGAUGGUUCUCAUUUUUGUAAUGGGUUUCUAGUUUUUUCAAAGUGUAAUUCUGUUGGAGAAAGUUUAUGCACAUUUGCCAUGAGAGUGCUAUGCUAUGAGAUGAAGUUCAGUGGUUAAUGUUAUUGAUUACUCUUGGGUUAGUAUCGUUGGAAAUAUGAUUUGAAAUGAAGUUAAGCGGUUAACGUUA